AUGAGCGAUAGUCAUCAAGAUGAAGAAGUGCAGGAAGAGGAAAUUUUCAAAGAGAAUGCCUACAAUUUGCGUAGCACUUGCACGAUGGAUUUCGAUGAUAUGUUAACGAGACUGGGUGAAUUCGGUCGCUUCCAAAAGAUAUUAUUUAUCUCUAUGAUACCGUUUAGUUGCUUUUUGGCUUUUGUGUAUUUUUCGCAAAUUUUUCUCACUUUAAUACCGGAGGACUAUUGGUGUAAUGUUCCUGACUUGGAGGGACUAACAAUGGCAGAAAGAUUAUCUCUGGCCAUACCAAAAAUCGAUGGCGAAUAUAGUAAAUGUUUGGUUUACGAUGUGAAUUUUACCGAAUUACUGUUAAAUAACAUCAGCUCCGCAAAUGUUUCAUGGCCUACGCGAACAUGUUACGCUGGCUGGCAUUACAAUUACACGUACAUACCUUACAUAUCGUUGGCGAGUGAGCGUGACUGGGUUUGCGAGCGAGCCGUGCUAGCCACUUAUGCUCAGUCGUUAUUUUUCUUGGGGGCUAUAAUGGGAGGUUUAUUGUUUGGCUGGUGGGCUGAUCGUUACGGUCGCAUACCUUCUCUGAUUGCCUGCAAUUUAAUGGGUUGUACAGCGGGAAUUAUCACGGCUUAUGUACAAAACUUUUGGCAAUUUGCUAUUGUACGAUUUCUAAUGGGUUUCGCUUUCGAUAAUUGCUUUACUAUGAUGUAUAUAUUGGUUCUAGAAUAUGUAGGUCCGCGUUAUAGGACCUUGGUUUUCAAUCUAUCAUUUGCUUUGUUUUUUACCACUGCUGCAUGCCUGUUGCCUUGGUUGGCUUAUUAUUUGGCCAAUUGGCGUCUAUUUGCCUUGAUCACUUCAGCUCCCUUGAUUUUGGCUAUAUUUACUUUCUUAAUAUUACCGGAAUCAGCCAGAUGGCUUAUAUCACAGGGUCAAAUUGAGACAGCAAUUAAGAUUUUACAGAAAAUGGAAAAAUCAAAUGAUUCGCAAAUUCAACCGGAAGUUUAUGAGCAUUUCGCUCAUUCAUGCUUGAAUUCACUGCAAGAAAACUACGAUCAUCAUUAUCGUUAUUCGUUGUGGGAUAUUUUUAAAACUCCACGUCUUAGAUGUAACUUUGCCCUAAUGAUUAUCAUCUGGUUAUCGAUUACCUUAAUAUUUGAUGUUCACGUUCGUAAUGUGAAUUCGUUGGGUUUAAAUGUUUUCCUUACAUUCUCGUUAUUAUGUUUUACCGAAUUGCCUGCCAACACGUUACUCGCUAUUACUUUAGAUAAACUUGGGCGACGUUGGUGGUUUUGUUUGAGUUUAAUAACAAGCGGACUACUAAGUUUCUUCGCUUCUUCGGUUCCAUUGGGUUUGUGCUCAGCUUCUUUGGCUGUGGCUGGUCGUUUUUUUGUUAACAUUUCCUACAACGUGGGCUCUCAAUAUGCCGCUGAAAUCUUGCCAACUGUGGUUAGAGCUCAGGGCUUAGCAUUUAUACAUCUUAUGGGUUAUGUAGCCUUAAUGGUAGCGCCAUUUGUAGCAUAUUUGUCUAAUAUAUCGGAGACGUUGCCUUUAGUUGUUUUAGGUUUCUUAGGUAUUAUAUCCGGUUUGUUGUCAUUGUUUCUACCGGAAACUUUAAAUCAUGAUUUGCCAGAAACAUUGCAUGACGGUGAAGUAUAUGGUAAGAAGCAAUAAUUAUUGGAAUUUCUUCGUUUUCGAAAACAAAACUUAUCUUCUCGCUUAGUUUGAUAGAUGACAUGGAAAUUGUUAGAAACGUAGUAUGUUCCUAUUCAUCAUUAGAAUGAAAACUAAACG